GCGAAUGCCCGACGGCCUCUGACUCCCAAAAUCGGGCAUCUCUUCUCGCUCGGUGUUCGUACAUCUAACAUCUUCCCCAGUUCCUCGACCAUCCCUUUCACCAUGGGUGGAGCUGAGUCACAAAACAAGAGACAGAGAGCAGGGUCUCCAGCCCCCAGCUGUCUGUCUCUGAAGAGCUGCCGGUCUUUGGGGGAACCUCUAAUCUUCAGUAAUGACUUUGGACCCCCAGACACAAAACAGAGAGCAGGGUCUCUAGCCCCCAGCUGUCUGUCUCUGAAGAGUGACGGGUCUAUGUGGCCACCUCUAAACUUCAGUGAUGAACCUGGACCCUCAGACACAAAACGGAAGAGGAAAACAUCCGGAACAAAAGCUGGACUGCAGAGAGCCAGUCAGACCAGCACUGUACAGACAGAACGUGGUCUGCAGGAGGUUCUAGAUGAACAUAGGCUCAGUCUGAGGAGGAGAUGUGAACGUGUGACUGAAGGAACUGAUCAAAGGGAAACCCUCCUCAACAGCAUCUUCACUGAGCUCUACAUCACACAAGGCCAGAGUGAAGAGGUUAAUACCCAGCAUGAGGUGAGGCAGCUGGAGACAGCUUCCAAGAAGGAGACCCUCCAUGACACUCCAAUCAAGUGCCAGGACAUCUUUAAAGCCUCACCUGACCAACAGACUCCCAUCAGAGCGGUCCACAGACAGAGAGCAGGGUCUCCAGCCGACAGCUGUCUGUCUCUGAAGAGUGACCGGUCUAGAGACUCUCCUCUAAACUUCAGUGAUGAACCUGGACCCUCAGACACAAAAGAUCCAGUGAUAGAUGCAGGGCCCUGGACAGAAGUGAAAUCCAUAUUCUCGCUUCUUCAGGAAAACAUUGUUGACUAUGUGGAUAUUGAGCUGAAUAAGCUUAUGAGGUUUCUGACUAAUGACCCAGAAGGCCAAGGUGAGUACGAGGAAGGUCUAAAUGCGAAAGAGAAAGCGCAGAGAAGAGGCAGCAGAGAGGGAUUCCUGAAGAUCACAUUGGACUUCCUGAGAAGAAUGAAUCAAGAGGAACUGGCAGACUCACUACAGGACAAAGCUCUUGCUGCAGUGGGCCACCGUAAACCCAAAUCUAAACUAAACAAGACCGGGCGUAUGUUUGCUAGAACAAUGAGAUCCAAUGUUUAAGUGACAGUGACUGACCUCACCUCUGAAGACAGAACAUGGAGGACUUUGGAUCUCUGCUCACACAAACUAUCAGUUGAACAUGAAAACGGUUACAAGCUCUGAACAGAAACAGAACUUUUUUAUUAUUCUUCUUUUUUAUUAUUAUGCUUCUGAAGCCCUUAAGCGUUACAAAUAAAACAAGGAGGACCAAUGAAAAGAUGCAGAGAUGUCGAAAAAGUGCAAAAAACAACAGUAAAAAUAAGUGAUAAAAAAGGACAAGACCGGAUCUGAAAAAUAUGACAGUCAAAAAAAUGUAAAGAAAAUAAAUUGCAGGCGGUGUAGAAAAAAGAGAAAAUUAAAUGUACACAAAACAUUUUGCUGACAUGGGAAAUUAUGCAUUGAAAAAACUAUUAUUUGCCAUUUACCUCUCAUCCACUUAUGUCAACCAAGAGCCUGAACAAAAAUUACUUUUUCCAAUUUUCAUUGCUCAUUUUGGUUUGUGAAUACGUGAUGCACUGCCGCCAGUGUAUAUCCCAUUCCUAAUCAUAUUUUCGAGCCUUUAAACUACUCACACGCAAGCCAAAUUAAAUGUCGACGCUAAAGAGUAGAGAUUAGGAUUUUCUGUCUUUGAGUGGGAUAUAUAUAUAUGUAUCAUGAAUACAAUCGUUUUGUGUAUACAACAAACUGAAUGAUAACGGCUAAUACCUGCAACCAUAAUGCACUUUCAUUUAAGUGCACUUUCAUUUGAAAAAGUGACGUUUUAAAAUACAUAAUCGUAUAAACCAUUAAACAGUGAAACAUCAGGCAAACAGAAUUUUAAAUGUUGAAUCAUUGUAAUAUUGCAUUGUAUGCCAAUUUAGACAAAACAUGGCAUGCAGGACUUAGUUAGGACACAGGCUGAAAUAUAGUAUCAUCAUAAUAAUAAGCUCAACAUUUUGGAUUGGAUUAUUGUAUUAUUUGAGUCAAAGUGAAGAAGUAACCAAAUCAGAUUUUGUUUUUUAAUGAAUUACAAUUUCAUGGUUAUAUGUUGUAUCUUUAUUGCUAUAAGAUGAGUAACACAUGCGUCACUUCCGGGGAAAAAGUACGGCUCCGCCCACUUUUGGGGGAAAACAAAGCUGUCAUUUGAACGGCGGUCAAUACACAUUCUGAAGGUUUUGCCAAUCCGAUCAGAAAUUUAAGAAAACCGUGGAUUUGUGGAUCUUCAAAGAGUCCGAUUACGAUGGCCAGUCAGGCAAACAAUCACAUUCAAUCAUAGGAAAUCGACGAUUAUUAUAAAAAAAUAAUGACCAUAGGGGCACUGAGAUUUGUGGAGUCUAUUUUUAUAUAACAUUACAAGACUGAUUCUUAUUAUUACAUUAUAUGCUUAUUGUGCUCAUGAGAUUGCUAUGACUAUAGAAUAAAUAGACACAAUCACUAAUCCCAGGUUCUGAUGGGGAAUAGUCAGAAGAAAGUUUUAGCUUGCAAUAGAAAGUAGCAGACGCCAGAUGCAGGCACUGUAGAAACAAUUGAGUUAUUGAGGCUAUGGCCUUGGCCGCCUGGGUUAGCUCCGCGCCCACGCAUAGCUGGGAAUCAGUAUAACCAAGAUUACACUUUUCUGUAGAAGCUUCAUUAAAACAAAUUACGUAUGAUGGCGCCAGAGUAGGGAGGGACUUCCACAGGCCGGCCGAAUGCUGAUUGGAGGAUCGUGUUGCCAAGAGACUUUAUCUGAGUCUGCGCACCAACCAAAGAGAACCAAGUCUAAACCGCGGUAUCUCUUCAGCUAGUCCUGACCAAUCAUAAAUGUACGGGCAACGCCCUGUGUAAUAAAAUGUAUUGUCGCACGAGGUUCGAGGCUCUUGACGGAUUUGGUGGUUACAGAUUACAGCUUUGCUGCCUGUGAUUCCCAAAGACGUGAUAAUAUAUAUCUUUUGCUCUCUUUACAAUAAAUAGUUAAACUUA